AUGUCAGAGAUGGUCCAUGUUGUGAAAAGAAGGGUUUCGUAUCAGAUUAGAGCAACAUUAUAUCCAAUUGCUGACGAGGAAUCUGCUCAAAGCUUAUCCUUAAUAACAGAACAUGAAUUUUCCUUCGACUUUACAUUUAAUCGUUCAUUGCUUAGAAAACAUGACGAAACUUUAAAAGAAAAAUUUAAAAGAUUAAAAACAAAUAUGUUAAACAAAUUUUCAAAAGAUCACAAAAGAAUGUAUAAUAUAAGAGGGAUUGAAUUUGAAGGUUUAAAAAAAGUAUUGGUUGAAAUUGAUAUUCCGAUUAAUGAGAGUUCUGAUUUUAUUAAGGUAAUUCAUCUUAAUCCUUUCUGCCUCGGGAUUUACAACAGGGUUGUCGUUUUACCCUAUUUAUAG